AUGUCAAUCCCCGUUUCAAUCCCACCGUCCUCCACCCGACGCGAUUCCGACUCCGUUCCUUUAUUGUCCUCCAACAGUCAGAAAGCAGAUGAAGAUGCUGCCUCAUCCAAUAAGACUGCAUCUCGGAAGAGAAGAUAUUCUAUGACUUCUAUCAGCUGCUUUGGUGUGGAACUAACUCCAGAUACAAUUGCUGUAGCCAUGGUGUAUUUUGUUCAGGGCGUUUUGGGACUUUCCAGGCUUGCGGUUAAUUUCUACUUGAAAGAUGACCUGCAUCUUGAUCCUGCAGAGACGGCUGUGAUAUCUGGUGUAUCUUCUUUACCUUGGCUUGUCAAACCCUUGUAUGGAUUCAUCAGUGAUUCGUUCCCACUAUGUGGCUAUCGAAGGAGGUCUUAUUUGGUAUUGUCUGGAGUCUUGGGAGCUUUCUCGUGGACUAUGAUGGCCACCAUUGUCUAUAGCAAGUACAGUGUUGCCUUGUGCAUACUUCUAGGAUCCCUUUCUGUAGCAUUUUCAGAUGUAGUUGUCGACUCUAUGGUUGUGGAGAGGGCCCGUGGUGAAUCACAAAGCGUGUCUGGUUCUCUUCAGUCUUUAUGCUGGGGUUCUUCUGCUUUUGGUGGCAUUGUAAGCUCCUACUUCAGUGGCUCUUUGGUUGGUGCUUAUGGUGUGAGGUUUGUCUUUGGAUUAACGGCUUUGCUUCCGUUGAUAACAUCUGCUGUUGCAGUCCUUGUGAAAGAGCAACCACUCCACGACUCGGCUAAAAAACAUAGUACUGUGUCGGACUCUGCAGGCCUGUUGGGAUGCUCGAAAUAUAGCUUAAUUCAAUUGUGGGAUGCUGUGAAGCAGCCCAAUGUGUUUCUUCCUACCUUAUUUAUUUUCCUGUGGCAAGCAACACCACAGUCUGAUCAUGCCAUGUUUUAUUUCAUUACAAAUGAACUCAGAUUUACUCCCGAGUUUCUGGGACGCGUGAAGCUUGUAACUUCCAUUGCAUCACUGGUUGGCGUUGGGAUUUAUAACGGGUUCUUGAAAGGUGUUCGCUUGAGGAAGAUGUUUCUGGUGACUACAGUUAUUGGUUCUGUUCUUGGGAUGACUCAAGUUUUCCUUGUCACUGGAUUGAAUCGGAAGUUUGGCAUAAGUGAUGAGUGGUUUGCAGUUGGCGACUCUUUGAUCUUAACAGUUCUUGGACAGGUUUCAUUCAUGCCUGUAUUAGUAUUAGCAGCAAAGCUAUGCCCGGAAGGCAUGGAGGCAACUCUUUUUGCAACCUUAAUGUCGAUUUCUAAUGGUGGGAGUGUGCUUGGGGGUCUAAUAGGAGCCGGCCUAACUCAGUUAUUUGGAGUGACUAAGGAUAAAUUCGACAAUUUAACUUGUCUGAUAAUCCUGUGCAAUCUCAGCUCAUUGCUGCCGUUGCCUCUACUCAGCCUCCUCCCUGAGAAUACAGCCGAUGGAGAUGGUGAUAUUGAAAUGAAAUCUAACUGA